CACACGCUUCUCACCUGUUCUGGAUGCAUCAUCGCUGCUGUUGUUUGCGUGCUGGGCCUGAUAAUGUUCCUCUUCGAAGCCGAGCACGCUGCGACGUCACGUAGCCCUUGGCUCUCUGCCACAGAGUGCUCCACCGUACUGGAUUCUGCACUCCUGGACCCAUCCCGCGGAACCGUCGCCUAUCUCAGCUACGCGAUGUAGACAUAUCUUUUUCAAAUGGCGAAGAGGGCCAGGCUGUCGGGUGGGAGAAAGCCAUUGCGACCAGGGACCAACAGACGUCAGGAUCCUAUAUAAAGUACGCUCAAGAGUACUUGGGAGCAGCGGUAUCAGGGUCCCGGAUAUUGUCUCCCAUCCAUUUGUCACCGACCGAUAUGGCCGAAAAGUCUACCGUGGCAGCACCACAUAUAGGCGCUGUACCUGAUGUGUCUGAAUCAGACACCAAUUCCACUCGGAGUGGCACACGCAUCCCCGCGUUACGGUUUCUGGGUCGACAAAGGGAGGGCCUGACUUUCGACACGUCCGGUUUGGAGACACACUACAAGCCCAUAGACAGCUAUGAGGGUAUCCAUCGCUAUGAUCCGAAGUUCGAGUGGGAGCCCGAGGAAGAGAGGCGGGUAGUGAGAAAGAUCGACAAACGCAUUUGCUCGUGGGUUUGUCUGAUGUUCUUUGCACUCCAGCUGGACCGAGGCAACAUCUCGCAAGCCCUCAGUGACAACCUGCUCAAAGACCUGCACAUGAACACGAAUGACUACAACUACGGCCAAACCAUCUUCUUUGUGUCUUUUCUGGCUGCUGAACUCCCCUCGCAACUCGUCAGCAAGAAGUUGGGCCCCGAUAAUUGGAUCCCCAUCCAAAUGGUCUCUUGGAGCCUUGUUGCCAGUAUGCAGGCUUUCCUGUCCGGCCGCAAGUCGUUCUACGCCUGCCGUGCUCUCUUGGGACUCAUCGAAGGAGGCUUCAUUCCAGAUAACAUUCUCUACCUCAGCUACUUCUAUACCGGCUGGGAGCUUCCAGCCCGACUGAGCUGGUUCUGGGUGUCGUAUCAGUCUACUCAGAUUAUUUCUGCCUUCCUCGCCUAUGGCAUCCUCCGCCUGCGCGGCUUUCAUGGCAUGGAGGGAUGGCGAUGGCUCUUCGCCCUGGAAGGAAUGCUGACUGGCCUCAUCGGCAUCGUUUCGUGGUUCUACCUCCCGCCGUCACCAACACAGACCGCCAGCCGCUUCCGCGGGAAGGACGGCUGGUUCAACGAGCAUGAGGAGAAGAUCAUGGUGAAUCGCAUUCUCCGCGACGACCCCUCAAAAGGGGGCAUGCACAACCGACAGGCCCUUUCCUUCCGCAUGCUCUGGGACUGCCUCGCAGAUUAUCACAUGUGGUUCAUCUACUUGAUUGGGCUCACAUGGCUCAUCCCCACACAGCCCAUGAACGCCUACCUCACGCUCCAACUGCGCUCCCUCGGCUUCGACACCUUUGAGACUAAUCUGCUCACCAUCCCCGCCUACGUCCUCUUCAUCCUGCAGCUCCUCUUCUGGACCUGGCUCUCGGAGCGCCUCAACGAGCGCUUCCUCAUCGCCCUCCUCUCCCAAGUCUGGACCCUCCCCCUCGUCAUCGCCCUCGAGGUCCUGCCCAAAGCCGUCUCCCCCUGGUCACGCUGGGUCAUCUCGACCCUCAUGGUCGGGCACCCCUACGUCCACGCCAUCCUCGUGGCCAUCACCUCGCGCAACGCCGGCUCGGUGCGCACCCGCACCGUCGCCUCGGCCAUGUACAACAUGUGCGUGCAGGCGAGCAACAUCAUCGCGGUCAACAUCUACAGGGACGACGACAAGCCGCUGUACCGGCGCGGGAACAAGGUGCUCAUCGCCAUUUGCGCCUUCAAUUUUGUGAUUUUCAUCGGGGCGAAGUUGUUCUACGUGCAGGUAAAUCGGAGGAGGGAGAAGGUGUGGGGGAGGAUGAGUGCGCAGGAGAAGGAUCACUAUUUGGCCACUACCAAGGAUAAGGGGAAUAAGCGGUUGGAUUUUAGGUUUGCGCAUUAGGUGGGUGGUGUCCUUUUGUUGACUUUGUAGAAGAAAUUCUGGGAAAGGGGAGGUGCAAGGUUUUUGUGGUGUCU